UGUCUCCUCAUGUGUAAGACAGUGAGAUCUGACUCCAGGAAGGGGUGAGGACCACAUGAGCCACCAUGUGUGAUGGCCCACCAUGUGCUGGGUUUGGCCCUCGUGCUGAUUCUUGGGUUGGAAUGAAGGGUCCCUAGGGACUCUGAUCAAUCUUCUGAGCAGGUGGAGGAGGAGCCCAGGGCCUCCAUGUGUGCGAGACACUGCUGUAGUCUGCAUUGCUGAUGCAUCUCACAGAUGUUUCCAGAGCACCUACUGUGUGCCAGCAGAAGGCAAGGUCCAGGCCAGUUAGACUGCACAAGUAGAUCCACGUCUUCCCAGGAUUGGUUACCAUUAGGAAGAGAAUCAGCAGGUGACAAGAUGGAGUCACAUGGGGGACUUAAUUUAACCCGUACUCAGGGAGGGCUAUUCUGAGGAGACAUGUCAGCUGCAUCCUGAAGGAUGGCGAAGGAGCUGGCCCUGGAAGAGCGCCCCAGGCAGCUGGCACAGCAAGUGCAAAGGCCCAGAGACAGGAGUGACCCUAGUUGUGUCCACUGAGUGGAAAGAAGUGCGAGUGGCUGGAGUGUUGGAAUUCAAGGAUGUCGUGCAGACACUGCAAGACCUUGUAGGGGCAGUUAGAGUUUUAUUCAAAGAACAAUCAGCGGUUUUUAAGCAGGGGAGUGACUCAUGCCAGCUGUCAUGUGGAAAGGAUUAGAGGGGCAGUAGGGAAAAGCUGAUGUCCCAGAAUGCCCAGCUCCUUUGCAAACACAGUUCCCAGUAUGCUUCCAUGGGCCCCUUCUUUGACUCAUUUGCUCGAGAGGAACCGCUGUUUUUGGCUGGCCAAGGGAGACCUGCCACCGUGUUGUACUUGGGUUUGGCAUGGUCCCAGUGUGAGCAGAAGGGUCAGUGUCUGAUGGGUUCUUGCAUGGACUACACUGGAUCUCCCUCCUUAUUUCCCCCAAACAGACACACCACCUUAAUUAAUGUCUGGUGUCAGGGAGGGGUUGGUCGUGGGGUGCCAUUUCUCCGUGACCCCUGACCCCCACUGGCCCUGGGCUAGGGUCAUGCAUGCCUUGCAACCUGGAGACAGGGCCCUCUCUGGAUGGGCCCUUUCCCUCGCUAACGUCUCCCCUUUAGACAGUUACUAGUUGUGGGAUCUGUCCUCUCCCUGCCAGCUGCAGCUGCCCCUCUGAGCCCUGACCCUGGCAGAGGGCCACAGGGGGAGAGAGCCUCUCUCUUUGGGUCCUUAUUCCUCACAUUGCCUGGCAGAACACACUAAAGACCAAACGUAUGAGUGAGUUUCUGGUGGUUCCCACCAAACGUUGCCUGCCCUCAGCCCCUACUCUCCUUCCCGGUGCCACAGAGUUUGCCCUCACCGCAUGGCUCUCUUGAGGCUAUGCCCAGGGCACCCAUCCUGAGUUCCUUCACUCAGCAAAUCCAUGCCCACCAUGGGGAGGAAAAUGGAGCUUGGGCCAGCUGGUGGAGUGAGUGGCAGCAGGACUCGGGAGACCCAGCAACUGCCUUCUGCACAAACAGGGUAAGUACCUGAGGCAGAAGGCGGCAGGUUUUUGCUGUGGACACUAGGUCGGAGACAGGGUGGGAAUCUAGGGUAGGAAUCUGGCUCUGUCACCAACUAUGGAGUGCCUUUAGGCAAGUCUGCUUCUCUGAGCCCAGGGUCCUCUUUGGAAAAUUGGGGAGGACCCAGCACCUGACAUAUAUGUUGCCUGACUUGGAGAAUACUUGGGGCGCUUGGCUGUGUAGCUCCCAGCCGAGGACGUAAGUUACUUUGGCCCUAGCUGACUCGGUGAAGGAAGCCUUGCCAUCCAUCCCCAGUCUAAGGCUGAGCGUGGUGGACUCGAGUGCUUAACAGGUGAUGGGCGCCCAGGACUGUGGGGCGGGCGUGCAUGCAGACAAGCGUUGUGCCCUCUGGUCGCAGGGCUCAAAUGAGUCCUCUUGGGGAAGGCAAGAGGUUCCCGCGCGCCCAGGGAGGCCCUGGGGCAAGGCCUGCGACUAGGUCCAGCCGGGGGCAACGUGAUCGUUGGGAAUCCCGCGGGCCGCACGCCUGAAGCCCCAGAAGUCGAGGAGGGCUGGCGCGUUGCAUCCUGGGCGUUGUGGUUCUCGAGGGCCAUGGGCGGGGCCGCCGCCCGGGGUGCGCGGCUAUUGGGUGCUGGAUGGGGCGCGUGCGGCUUCUGCCUUUGCACACGCCCUUUGCGCCUCUCAACGAGGCAUUGGAGCGCCGCGAUGGACUCCGCCCCGAUGCGGGCCAGCGAUUGGCGGGUGGGUAGGGCCCAGAGGCGCAGCUGCCCGCGUAUUGGCUGGGCGCAGCAGGGUCGGGCCCGCGCACGCACUUAGGGGGAGGUGCUGGGACCGCGGGGGCAGUGCCAAGAUGUCGGCAGCGGUCCCGGAGCUGAAGCAGAUCAGCCGGGUGGAGGCGAUGCGCCUGGGGCCGGGUUGGAGCCACUCGUGCCACGCCAUGUUGUACGCCGCCAACCCCGGGCAGCUCUUCGGCCGCAUCCCCAUGCGCUUCUCUGUGCUGAUGCAGAUGCGCUUCGACGGGCUGCUGGGCUUCCCCGGGGGCUUUGUGGACCGGCGCUUCUGGUCGCUGGAGGACGGACUGAACCGGGUGCUUGGCCUGGGCCUGGGCUGCCUUCGCCUCACCGAGGCCGACUACCUGAGCUCGCACCUGACCGAGGGCCCGCACCGCGUCGUGGCGCACCUGUACGCGCGGCAGCUGACGCUGGAGCAGCUGCACGCCGUGGAGAUUAGCGCGGUGCACUCGCGCGACCAUGGCCUGGAGGUGCUGGGGCUCGUGCGGGUCCCGCUGUACACCCAGAAGGACCGAGUUGGUGGCUUUCCCAACUUCCUGAGCAAUGCCUUCAUCAGCACGGCUAAGUACCAGCUCCUCUUCGCCCUCAAGGUGCUCAACAUGAUGCCAGAGGAGAAGCUGGCUGAGGCUGUGGCUGCAGCCACGGAGAAGCAGAAGAAGGCCCUGGAGAAGCUGCUCCCAUCUUCUUCCUGAGGUUGCUGUGCUGCCUGUCUGUCGCCCUCCCCUGGCUCCGUCUGGGCCCAUGGGCUGAGACUGGGCCCUGAAUUCCUGUGGGAAUGUCUCUUCUCGAGUGUGUCUGUGGUUUGUACCCCUUUCUGCCUGGGGCACGUGGGCAUCUCAUCAUCUCCACUGCUCCGAGCAGUCACAGGGCCAGCUGGGACCUCAGGUUGGUCAGUGGGUGGCCUGGGGGUGCUGGGCCUGGCUCUCUUAAGCUCAGGACAUUUUCACCCACCUCUGCAAGUCUCAUGGGCUCCCGGAGGCCCAGGUACCCCCUGAUUUUCCAAGUGGGUAGGUGCACACGCAGUGAGAAGGCGGUUUGAUCUUGUGGAGGACGCCUAUUACCUGGGCUGACGCCUGCGUCCUGCCCCAGCCCCAUCCUAGUGUGGGUAAGAGGCUGUAUUGUUCACUUUGGCUGCUGUUAGCUUGACUUCAUUAGAUUUCCUUUCCUGUGGUAUGUGAGCUGGGGAGGCUUCAGAGCAGCUUUCCCCCACUGGGGCUUGAUGCCCGAGGAUACUCAGGGCCAUGGGCCCAGCUGUAGGUGGAGUUGUUGGAGAGGGACAGUUAAGUGGCUCCUUUGCUUUUUUUGGUUCCAACUGCAGGCCCAGGGCUGGGCCUCUUACCACUACCUGAGGCCUUAAGGACAGGGCCAGGUCCCAAGUAUGCUGGGCACUGUUUAGAGUGGAGCUGCCUCAGUCCACGUGCCUCCCAUGGGGGUGCUGCCCACCUCCGUGUAUUUACUUGGGACCCUGCCAGCCUCCCACCUCCCUGGGCCAUCAGCUUGGUCUGGGGCCUGUGCUCAGGCCGUCCCCGUUCGUGGUCCCUGUGGCUCUGGCUGUAGCUGGUCUGAGCCUGCUGCUCUCUCCUGUGCUUUGAAAGCCUCCUUUUCUCCAUUCCCAGUACGGUCUGCAGGCAGCUCCCCGGAAUGGUCUGGAAACACCGGCCAAGUGUGCAGAAACAACAAUAGAGCCACCACAGGCAGGAAGGUCACCACUGGCGGUCUGUGGCCCUGUGUCUGGCAAGACUCCUCAGUGAAGCUACUGGAAAGUUUCCACAGUGCCUGCCCGGCCUGGGGAGGAAAGCAGUGCUCCCAGCCCAGGCUGGCGUCUGGUCUACCUUAGAGCCUUGAUGAAGCAGCCACACUGGGCAUAGGCACUUCGCUGUAAAUAAAAGACCUGUACCUUG